GUGAUACACUAGGGUAGUGUACCGGAUGUUGAUAGACCCACACGUUGCCUUCAAGACUUGAAUACACAUUCUUAUUGAUGUGGGUAGCAUUUCUUCAAAACCUGACUUUAUAACACUGGGAUGUCGGCGUCGUUGAUCAGAAGAGGAUUGGAGCUGCUGAGUAAUGACAUUAAAGAUGCCAGCAAAGUCAAGAAGAAGAAGCAGCAGCAGCAGACUCCCAGCUCGGCCAAAGUCAUGGAGCUUGUGAGCACCAAGCGGCAGGGAGUCACCAAGCAGGUCAAAAGGUUACAGGGUCGCCUCGGCCCUGGCAAGAACAAAGCUACAGUCAAAGACAAGAGGAUCAAAUCUGCAGUCGAGGAGUUCAGAAAGAAGCAGAGGAAGAGCCAGAUGAGUGCUAACCUCAAGUACUUUAUGGAAACUGGCUACAAAGCAACAGACGCGGACACUUUGAAGAUCUUAAACCACAACUCAGGGAGACAGUCCAGGAAUCGCCCCGAGCGACCUGCUAAGAAAGCUAAGGAGCCAGAGUCUUUGUUCACAGAGGAGGAGUUCCAGCAGUUCCAGAAGGAAUUCUUCGGUAGGACUGUGGAGGACAAUUAAUAAAGCACACCCAAACAAACAAUACGGACACAGUGGAAACUCCACAGCUGUGUUUUGAUGACCAUAGACGAUUUCUGGACCAGGUUAGGUUCUGGCAGGUAAAUUUACUGCACGUCUCGGCAAUGGGCAAAGAAGACUUAGAGGUAUAAUGUUUAUAUGAGUUGAAAGUUUAAUUGUAACUGCAGACACAUUCAGCUGUAUACAUUUCAUUCUUAAAUGUCUCCAUCUAGAAUCUAUUUACAGAGUCAUUAGUUAAUGUGCUUAUCCAAAAAGGAGUCAUUGCUCAUCAUUUCUCAAGAGAUGGUGCCGCUUAUUAAAAGUUUUUAGAAGCCGCAUUUUGACUGUUGUUUAAGUGAAACUGCCAAACCAUUGAAGUCACUUCAUUUUCACAUGGAAGGACUUAUCUACGAAAAAAAUAACACAAUAAAAAUGUUUCUUUUU